GGACCCCGCUUUGCUUGGGCGGUGUGCACGUGCAGGUCCGCGAUGGGGCGCGCACGUCACGACACUGAAUCUCAGUCAGAUGUAGGGUAGCGGGACCUACCAGAAGCAGGGUUAGGUUCACCCCAGUUUACCACCAAGUGGGGAGGACUUUAGCCCUGUGAGGAGGCCUAGUUGGGUGGGUGGCAUGAUGAGUGGGAAGAACCUGCUGCUCAAGGUAAUCCUACUGGGAGAUGGUGGAGUGGGCAAGUCCUCCUUGAUGAACCGCUAUGUCACAGACCGGUUUGACUCCCAGUCUUUCCACACCAUCGGCGUGGAGUUCCUUAAUCGGGACUUGGAAGUGGAUGGACGCCUUGUCACUCUUCAAAUAUGGGACACAGCUGGUCAGGAGCGCUUCAAGUCACUACGUACACCUUUCUACCGAGGCGCCGACUGCUGCCUGCUCACAUUUGCCGUGAACAACCUGCAGAGCUUUCAGAACCUGGGCAGCUGGAAGAAGGAGUUCAUGUACUACUCUGACGUCAAAGACCCUGAGCGGUUCCCUUUUGUGGUACUGGGCAACAAGAUAGACAUGGAGCAGAGGGAGGUUGGGGAGGAUGAAGCGCGGGCCUGGUGCGAAGAGAACGGCUGCUGCCCUUACUUUGAGACCAGUGCUAAAGAUGACACUAAUGUCACCGCUGCGUUUGAGGCAGCUGUCAGGGAGGUUCUGGCUGCUGAGGACCAGAUUGAUCAUGCGCUCUUGAGUAGUACUAUUGAUCUCCAUGGAAACCGCAAAACCUCCCGAAGAUCUUGUUGCUGAUUGGAUAGGUGUGAAUCCACCCUGUUUUAAUCCCUCUGGCUGAAACUUGCCUGUGGUAGUUUUAAGAGCCAGUCAUAUAUUGUUUAUGGUACGUGUACUGUUGGUACAAGGUACUGAGUGCAGUAUUCCCUGAAGAUAAUAUGAAUAGGAUACACCUGCUCUGAGGAGGCGUAUCAAGGAUUUAGCUGGUUUCUAGAAUGUUGAAUUAUUGCUCCUACAAAGGUACCGGCACACUUACAAGCUGUGCUGCCAGUAGUAUGGUACAAACCAUUGUUUCCAGCUUGUGCAGGGACUAUAGCAUCUAGUGCAUUUAAGGGAUUAACUUUAAUCAAAAUAAUAUAAUUUGGAAUUAAUGCAUUUGAACAAAGAAUAUACCAAUCCACCUUUGAAGAGCACUCCUUUUUUUGCUCUGUAAAGCUGUGUUUCCACCAUAGGAACUUUCCUAAGGGACUAGGAGCCUUUGAAAGGACUCUGUAUGUUUCCAUCAAAGGGACAAAGGUCUAAAGAUUAAAUUCUCUGGGAAAUGUUUACCUCCAAAAAGCUCUUGUUUGUGCAACAGUGUUUUCCCUUGGUUUAGGAACAGUGGUAAUAAUGUUUGCAGCACUAAACUUGUAGCAUUCAGCCAGUCCAUCUUAGUCAUCUUACUUCAAGUUGUUGCAGUUGCUUAUUUUUCUUACUUUAAGGCUUAUAUCAGAGAUUACUGUUGUUAAGCACAAUACUCAGACUUGGUUCGUCUGCCUGGUUUAUCUAAAAAAAUAUAUAUGAAGAGAACAGUUGUGGUUGAGUAAGCUAGAGAGUGCAGUGUUUUGCUCAGAAUUGGAUUGUAAUUGUGGUGGUACCAGGGGUGCCUUUGUAAAUGUGCCCAGAAAUUACACACACCCACACAUUUUUAAAUGAAAAUAAAUGGCGUCUCAUAUAAUGUGCCCCUCUGACUCUUUUAAUUUCCAAAUAUUUUGGGAGAAAUAAAUAACGGAUAUAUUCAGCUAUCUGUCCACUAGAUGGGUACUACCAGACACACCAGACAAUAUAUUAUUAUUACAGUAUUUUACUUCCAAUAAGAUAUUACUGUGGGUUUUUUUUUUUUUUUUUAGCGUUUAUCAUUUUUUUUAACAUUUUAACCAUUUAUUACCUUUUUUAAACUGCAAAUUUCAUCCUCAGAGUAAAUGUUUGUAACAGUUCUAUCCAAUAAGAUAACAUUAUCUAACUCCAUUUAUUCUUUUGAUACAAAAUGAGACCGUCAAGCACACCAACACUGUCACUAAAACCUGCGGUAAAUGUUGCCACAAGACAGGGUCAGUCUAUUAUCAGUCUGCGAUUGAAUGGGGUCAUCUUGACAAUUACAUGCAAUCUAUUUCUGAUAAUACAAGAAAUUAACCGUGGUAAAUUGUUUAAAAUCUCAAAUCUCUGUUGCUGUAUAGAUAGAAAGAAAUUCACAUUUGUGCUCAGCAACCUUCCCGUUCUAUAGGAAUGUAACCAGAAUACAUCCAGCUGGCAGCCAGUUGACUCAAGUCCCCUUGUAUGUGCCUGUAUUUAUACAAUAUUGCCACACAUAAUGUCACGACACCGUGCUGUAGCAAUUGUUGAUUUCUGAGUCGUUCAUGCUUCAGAAUUGUCCAGAUACAAACGUCCACCUCCUUGAAUUGCGUUUGGAGAUGAUUGUCUUUGCUCUUCUCAGCUGUAGUGACAUGUGAGCUGCUCUCUACCUGCUGCAGAUGUUUAUUAGUGGUCUUGUGGUUAGUGGUCACAUCUACAGAGCAGAAAAAACAAACCUACAAAAAUGGAGUCCAAGACUGUGGAUUCUGAGUCCAUGAGAUGAGAAAUUCUGGUCAGCCUGCUGAAAGGCAGAAAAUAGGACUGGAAGGGCCGGGGCUAGCUGGUUAACGCCAACUAAUAUUUCAAAAUAAGAGCAAGGGGACUGUCAACUAGUAAAUUGGUCAAGAAUGGCUUAAUUAAAAAAUAGAUGGAAAAAAAAUCUAAAAUGACUUGCAAAAUCUGCCCUGACAGCUGUUAAUAUAGCUGACAUCCUGCCCAAAUAAGUUCUGUGUUUGGGGUAAAUAAAGUAACUAGAGUAAAUAAACAGAAGAAGCAUUGUUGGUGAAGUUUUUCUCAUUAGAAAUGCUCUCACCCCUAAACCACCCCGAGGGAAGAGGCCUAUGCCAGACUUUGUCCAGGCUUCAUCUCGUUGACUGUGACCGCUCCGUUUUUUCUGUGUGUGUGUGCGCACAAAGACCUACAUAACUGAGAUGGACAGAGGCAGCCAGUGUAACAUGGUUACUAUAUAUUUCAAUAGUCUGACAUGUUAAAAAAACAAACAACAAAAAAACAGCCAACACUUUUUAAUAUGUCCAGCUUCUCUAUGGAUCUUUCACUGCAGAGGAAAUGGAGACUAAUGAUAGUCUAUAGGAAGCUUUUUGUUAUAAGAGAGGCUCAGGUGGAAAUGCAGCUUAACACACAGUAGCUCUAGUCACUGCUCCAUUUUCUGUUCAUGAAAAAGUCUCAUUUUAUGAGAUGUGUCGGCAGUUGUUGGAGAGCUAAUGUAUUUUCCUGACACUGACUGUGUCUGUGAAUGACAGUGUUCCCAGUACAGGCAAAUAUUGAGCUUCAGAAGUCCCCACAUCAGUGAGAUAACAGCAUUGAAAGUAUGGGUUAUUUAAACGAUUGCUGCACUCAAAAGGAAGAUGACCUUGUUUGUCUUCAGUAGCAAGGGAAUUGUAAGCUUUAAUUUUGCUGUUUCAAAGUUGAGCAACGGUGCGAACAAUUGUGCUACCCUUAUUCUGUUAAUUAUAUUUUUCUUCCACUGCAUUGUAGCUGGAUGUGUCAGGGAAUCAGACAUUAUUGUUUUUACUUCUUGUAAUUUAUGUACAUGUUUACUAAGGCCAGGUUGUUUUUUUUGGGGGGGGGCGGGUUGGUCCAGAAUCAGAAGUAGUACUACUGGUGAUAGUGUUUAUUUUUUGUGUGAAGCACAUUCCCAUCCUUCAAAGUGUUAUAUUUUUUUUUGUAGUUUUACAUUUUUAUCUAACAAAAUUGGGCUUCAAUGUUUGAUCAGGUACAGAUUAAAGUUCUGAUGAGUAGAGAGGUUUAUAAAUAUUAAUGGCACCUUUGUAAUCCUGUGCCUGCCUUGUGAAUUGUUCAGUAGGCCUUAAGAUUCCUGUAUUGUAGCUUUGCCUAGUCUGAUGGGCUCCUGCCAAUAUACAACAUACACUUUUUGCUGUCAGUUCAAUUAUUAUACGUCUCAGCUGAAUGUGGUAGUUUGACCACAUGGAUUGAGUCCUUCCAUAUCCAUUUAAACAGUAUUUAGUGAAAUGUACAACCUCAUAUUCUGAUACUUAGUGAUAUUUACUUGUUUUCAGCUGGGUUGUUUUGGUACUUUCUACAGAUACUGUUGACUUUUCUUCCCCAUUGUUUUACUGCUGUCUGCCUGAGGGAUUUGCUUUUAAAAAAAACUUGUUUUAAAACAAUAAUAUAGCUUAAAUUCAUUUUGAAGAAUGUAAUUUAACAUUUAAAUGUAUUGUUAUUAUUUUGAUCUUGAAACUGCAUCUUCUCAAGCAACAAAUUCAGUUGCACGAAUCGGAUAAAAUAUUUCUCUUUUUAUGGGAUGCAUAAAGUUCUCAUUAUAGCCCCUGUGUUCUCGUAACGGUUUCUGUAACGUUGGCGGUCUUGUGUCGUCCGUCAGCGUGGGCUCACAGUGUUUGCCUUCCAAGUCAAAAUUGAAUCAUAUUUCUGUGAGCGUGCAGACUAAUGGCGAACAUUACAAGAGGUUCACUUUCAAAGUGCACCAAAUCUAAUCAGGUACUGUCGUAUCCUCCUAUUAUGUGCUUUUUUGGAAAUGUAGGCUUACAACAGUUCAUGCAUUUGAUUGUGUGUUUGAGUACUGGUAUUUUUUUUUUUUUUUUUUAACUGUGAAGUGAGUAGGGCUUUUAAUAUCAGGCUGGUAGUCUACAUUAAUUCAAAGCAAAAAUGAGGGCUUUCUGCUUAUUGUCAGUGUUAAUGUUUCUGUAAUGAGACAAAAGGCUGAUGUCUUACAAUACGAUUCCAGUUUAAUCCUGUUUCAACAAUAUAGCUCAUCUCAGCGUUUACCUGAAGUCUGACAUGCCUGAGAAUCCAAUAUUUAUAACCUUCAGUAUCACGAUACCAUCCCCUGUGUCACUGCAGUCCUGCCUAAUGUCAGUAUUUUUUUUUAAUGUUGCUGUAAUAUUGAAUGUAAAAGCUGAUUUUUAAUUUUUUUGUGGGCUUGUCCUUGUGUAAAUUGUAUUCAUUUUAUAAUGAUGUACAAAACAACACCUAACAUCCGUUCCCCCUUCAGUGCUCAGCCAAGGAGUACGAGUUAAGCUGUGUGAAACUUAAGUGUGUUCAUCUUGAUUCUGUGUUACUGUAAUGAAAAACUUCCCUUCUUAUUGCACUGCUGAGUAGAAGCCUGUCACGAAUGUGCUCCAGUGCUUGGCUACAAAUAAAUCAUGCAAACUACCAAA